UUCCUUGUAUAUUUAUUUACUUACUUGCUGUUUUGUUUCGUAUUGAUUUGUUUUAAGACAUUUUUGGAACAUUUCCUUUACUUCUUGUCAGGUUUCAUUCACUCAGACAUUUCUGUAUUACUGAAUCUCUACUGUUUUCAAUAAUGUUGAGAAUUCUAUUUUAUUUUAUGUAUUUAUUUAUUUAUUUGUUUGUUUGUUUGUUUGUUUGUUUGUUUGUUUGUUUAACAUUUGUGAUAUUUCUGGUUCUUUUCAGUGCACUAGUUCGACUCACAGCUUCUCUUUAAAGGGCCGGUGUGACUUUUACUUUAAUCAGUGUCACAUUGAAUCUGCUCUCGGUGUGUCGUCUCUGUUUGUCUCCAUGUCUCAUCAGGAAGUCUUCAGCUGUCUGAAGGACUUCAUAGAGAUUUUCAUGGCACUGUGUUUUCACACACAGACACUCGUUUCUUAGACAUGGAGAUUGUUCAGGCUCCAAAAUAAAAAAUAAAAAAUAAAAAAAAACCUCCACCUUUUGUUUUUAUUUCAUCUCUUAUCUGUGAAUAAAGGCGGCGAUGGGACGAUGAGGUGCUGUGAGUCCUCUGGUGCUGAUGUUCUUAUCAAACACUCGUUUAUUCUUUUGAUCUCUUCCUGUUUUAUUGUCUUUGCUUUUCUAAUAUUUCUCCCCAAUCUGCUGUCUCCCAUCAGUCCAACUCUUACAGCUGCUUUACUUUUAAUACAAAAACCACUAUAACAAAUAUUAUCUACUAAACUGACUGACUGUGUUUAUGUCUCUGAAAGCUCGCAUUGGGAGGAUGAAGAGGAGGAAAGUGGAGGAAGAGCAGAGAGACGGAGUGUGUAUUGUCGAAAGCGACUCGGUGGCAGCAGCAGGAAGGAGAGACGAGUGUGAGUGGAGUGAACAGAGGAGAGUGCAGGUGGUGUCCGUGCUCACCGGCUUCACAGGUUUAGUAAACAGUGCAUCUAAGGAGCAGCAGGACAGCGAUGUGGACCUGGACGUGGACGGCGAUGAUACUCUGAGUUAUGGCCGAGCGCAAUACACAGAGACGGACGUGAUCCCGAGCGCCGGAGACGUCGAGGACAGCGAGACGCUCUUAAAGGAAGUAGCCAGGCGACUUUCUCCAGAACACAGCAGAUGGUCCACAGGAGAAACUCCAUCUACAAGUAAUGAAGACCACAGCAGGCCAGAUGUCAGUGUGGACGUGUCUCCAGCCUGCAGGAGCUGUCAGUUUGAGAUGUCAUCCGGGGACUCUUUGAACACACUGGAAGCUUUGAAGUUACGGAUCCGAGACCUGGAGAAGCAGCUGACUCGAGGAGAUCGGAUUAAAUGUCUGAUCUGCAUGGACUCAUAUUCAAUACCACUGACCUCCAUCCAGUGUUGGCAUGUGCACUGUGAGGAGUGCUGGCUCCGAACUCUGGGUGCGAAGAAGCUGUGUCCACAGUGUAACACCAUCACUUCACCAGGAGACCUGCGGCGUGUGUAUUUGUGACGACGACACGCUACGGCGAGACACACACCUCACUUCCUGAAGACGCUUUUCUGAUUGGACUUUAAAUAAAAAGGCUCUCUUGGUUUAAUGCUACAGAAAAGAAAAACUGUUGUGUUUCUGCCUCCAGUCCGUAUUUUCUACCCCUGAUAGUUUAGAGCUGGUGGUUAAGACGCUGCUGACACACAUGUAAUGUCUGAGGUGGGAACGUCAUACAGCAGCUGUGCAAAAUCCCCCUGAACACCAGGAAGUGUUGUGUCAUUAACACUGACCUCACAUUCUGAAUGUCAACCUUUAUGUCCACACCGUAAUGAUGAGCCUCGCAGACAGGAUGUAUUAAUAAACAG